CCUGGAGGUAAAGUACUAAUCACGAUGUAUGGAGUUGGUCAUGGCGAACUUAGUGAAGAUUUCAAAAAGUACGUUGAACAAAGGCAGUACUAUUUGAGGAACAGAGAGCAGAUUAAAGAAGUAAGUUUUUCUAUGAAAAACUUCUUUAUGGUUCAGCUUAACCGAAAUGAAAUUCAGGUUGCUGAAAAGGUCGGCUUCACAGAUAUCGUCGUUGAAAACAUGACUGAGCGCUUUAAGGAAAUUUUGGGAGAGGAGAGAGAACGAGUGGAGAAAAAUAAAGACGAGUUCCUUUUUAGAUUUUCCCAAAAAGAAUACGAUUCGCUGGUAAAUGGAUGGAAUGCCAAGUUGAAAUACAUUGCCGAUGAUAAUCAUAACUGGAACUUCUUCCUGGCUGUAAAGCCACAUAAGAAAAACUGCUCUGUUGCCACAUUGGUGACAGCAUUAGCAGUUGCUAACCAUAGCGAAGAUGCAUCUCAAUAA